GUCUAGAAUUGAAAAAUGUGUGAUAGCUUUGUAGUGUGCGCGGUGGCAGUUAUUCGGGGAUCACCUUCAUUUUUUUUUUCUUCAACAUGGCCGCCAAUAUGUUCGAACCGGAUAAAUUACACUAGCAUGUUUUGGCUGCCAUUUCUUUGUAAGUGAUAGCACCGUCAAGGCUGCCAACGCUGCAAUGCUAUCACAUAUUUUCCAACUAAACUGGAGUGUGUACGUUGCCAAAAAUCACAAUGUCCAUUAUUGCUCUCAUUAGUUUGAUACCCGACCAAACCCCCAGGCCGAUGGCCUAUUAAAGUAGGUGUGCAAUAACAUCAGGAGUGAUCCUGCAAGAAGCUUUCGGCCGUAUAUCGCGCGCCAUCCGCCACCGUCUCCAACGCUGUAUCGCCAUCGGACCGGCGUCGGCAUCCUUGUGAUAACUUUAAGUUCCUUCUUCAGUGCACUUUUAAUAAAUUCUCAGUUCUAUGCAUUGCUCACACUGAGACAUGUCUUAAAAAUGACAUUUCUACUAUUCCAUAGUAUGCCAAAGAAACUGAGUUUUAUUUUAUACUACUUGGGAAACUAAUUACAAACAUUGCAAUAGAAUUUAUCAAAGUGGUGGCGGCGUUGCCUUGUAUUUGAUAAAUGAUAUUCAGUAUUAAACAUCCAGUGACUCAUUUGAACUCAAUUGACUCAAUUGUUUAUUUUCCAAAAAGACGAUAUAAUCGGUGUUAUACAAACCUCCAUCCAAAAGCUUUAUAUUGAUGAUUUCGAGAAUAGUUAUAACCACCUGUAUUUCUACUGAUGUGCACUACAUACAUUGUAAAUCAAGUCAGAUAAUCCCCCUAUGCCAUUGUAUGCCAAAGAAAAGUUUUCUUAAAUUAUACUUGGGUAUGAACUAAUUAAAUUUUACCAAACAAUGAAUAGAAUUGGUAAAAGGCGAGCCCUUCAAAAUCACAUUUUGGCAGUGGCAGCCAAGAAAUCACCUCCUCCCUUUCACCCUCCAUCCCAUCUCCCUGCAUUGUCAUUCGACAAUGGAAACCUAUCAUUAUUUGCAGCUGCUGUUUGUUUUUACCACUGAUACAGAACGAAAGGAUCCAGUUGGCUAUUAAAAGUCAAUUCUUCUUUAAAUCCUCUGGUGCCCAGUGCGGACUACAGUCGGGACAAUGGAAACUGCCGUAAUGGUGGGAAGUGCAGUCAUUACGGGCUUCCUUUAUUAUCGUUUGAGGAAAUUAGAUACCAACUACCACCGGUACCUCGACCAAAUAAAGGAUGCGCCUCACCUGAGCAUCGACCAAAACCUGCAAAGCAUCGUCAGUGAGGCUCCUGAUAAUACCAUUCCCUAUGCUGUCAUUGAGGGGAGCGUCGAAGCUAUCGACAAAACCCUGAAGAGCGAGCAUGCAUUAGGCGUCAUGGGGGUCCUAGAAAUGCUUAUCCGCAGAGAGCAUAAGAUGUUCUUGUGGCGCGACACUACACGAGUAAUAAGUACUAUUCGCCACUCAGUCCCAUUCGUGAUCAAAGACAACAACGCAGGCGUGAAGGUGGACGACCCUCUGUCUGCCACCGGGCUAGAGAUUCCCAUCAUCCAUGAUUCGUUUGAGACGUCGAUGUCGCUCCUGCAAUUCAUUGUCAGCUACGUUAUUGGGAAGGAAACUAAAGGAUUUCAGACCACGGAAAAAAUGCUGUCGGAGGGAACAGUGCUUACAGGCAUAGGCAAGCUGUCGACGUCGACUGGUACUCUGGUUCUCAGUCCCCCUUCUAGUGCCGACAGACCUUACAUCCUGAGCGACAUUGGGUUUUCUGGGAUCUCUAGCAAGUUUCAGUCUAAUUUGAAGCUCAAAGACUUCCUGUUCAUCAGUGCGUCCAUCACGGUCCUGCUUUUCGCGCGGUGGCUCUAUAACGCACUCUACCAUGGAACAUUUAAGUGCGCCAAAAAUAACAAAUGUACCGUUUGCAAGUACAUCAAGGAGUCUCACUUCCUUUAUGGCACUUAUUUCUGCCGUACUAUUGGUCGCAUCACUUGCGAAACCUCUAAUGUCAUAUAUCUUAUCACUUGUAGGAUAUGUGAACAGCAGUAUGUCGGGGAGACCGGGAGAACACUUUACGAGCGUAUCAAGGAGCAUCAAUACAGUGUCAACGCGCAUCUAAAUGACGCUGUUGGUCGCCACUUCAGUGAUUGUGACGCUUCCAUUGCGGAUGAUAUGAUUGUACAGGGCAUAGAAUCACUCGGCCCUUGCACCGCCAAAUUUCGGCGGAGCAAGGAGGAAGGGUGGAUACGUUACUUGAAUACUCUUGCACAUGGAAUCAACAGGAGGCAUGCGGUUGGGAAUCGUAAUAAGUGACUUUUUCAUUCACAAAAUCCACGCACAGGGCGCACCACUAACAAGCGCCCAUGGCAAAACACGCAGCUGCUUUAACGUCCAUUUCCAUCGGUACAUUGCAACACUAAAGCUAAAUUUAGCUAGGGCGCGAUGACAGCUGAGCUGGUGUCCCAUGUAGAUGUUAAGAAUAACAAUAAAGAUUAUAAUAAAAUAAAAACUUGCUUUAAACUUAAUUUCUUUGAUUUCGUCUUUAAGCACAUGUUAUGUACAUAUUGUGAUUUUUCUUAGACAUAAUUAGCAACUUCUAUAAUUACAUAGAGAAAUUUGAUUUUACGUGUGUAACCUUAAUCUACUGGGUAUCCCUUGUGAAUGUGAGGCCGUGUUGAAGUAUGUCGCAUAGAACGCCGGUGCCUUUUUAAAAAUAAUUUAAAAGCGGUAGGGAUAGGUCUAAUUGUCAUAUGCAAACUGUAUGACUAUGACCGAGUAAUAUUUAUUGUUUGCAUUGAAUGUUAUUUUUUAAUUGAAGCUACAAUGUGCAGUAAACCCUGGGGCCGGGGUACGUGGGCACCCCGACUCAAGGGAGUGGGACCCCGACUCAAGGUUACUUUAGGAAAAUUAAAUCAAAUCAUAUUAA